AAAAGGAGGUGCUAAACUUUCUCUCUUCUCAAGAACCAGCCCUUGGAAUAGCUGCGAAGCGAAGUCAGGGGGAGUCGGCGUCCGAGCAACAGGAGCGCUUCCACUAUGGGACUGGAUACAAAUAUUGAACAGGGUUUGAAAUGUUUUAACCUCCAACCCAAGCCCUUUUUGCUGACUUUGUUUUUCAUUUGCUUUCAUGUUUUCUUCUGCCAAGCUGGAGGAACCUUUCCUGAUUUUUUCUUCAGUGGCAUUCAGAGGAAGACCAGAGGAUGAAAAUCCUGCGUUUUCUCACUUUACUGCUUUGGCAUCUGACUUGGCUGCCUCUGGAUCUGGUUCCCGGAGCACUGAGUGGUUCUGAAGCAGGCCAGGCUAAUCCAGGAUCUAAACGAGCUUUUCUGAAGGCAGAAGGGAAGGAGAGGAACCCCUCAGCACGGGCGGGCACGCUGAGGACUGCGAGCCAUGGGUAUAGCGCUGGCACCCCGAAGGCCAGGGCUAAGAGCGGCGCUGCUCAGACCGGAGCUCCACUGGCCAAGAACGAUGAAUCCAAGAAGGUUGUCUCAAGAACAGCAGGCACAGAGGGCAAGGUAGGGCACAUCCCCAGCAGACCUCCUGCACUAAGGACGGUGACUCCCAAAGUUCAAAACCCCAGCAGCAAGGUGGCUCUGAAAAAACCUGCUGCAGGCACUGCCGACACCGAGUCCUUCAAAGGCAAAAAGAGCAAGGAGCCUGGGAGCCAGAGGGAAAGCAAGGAGGCUUUCAGACACCCCCCCAUAACCCCCCACGAGUACAUGCUCUCCUUGUACAGGACCCUCUCCGAUGCCGAAAGGAAAGGUGUCAAUGGAAGUGUCAAACUGGAGGCUGGACUUGCCAACACAAUAACCAGCUUCAUAGACAAAGGACAAGACGAGCGAGCACCAAGCAUAAGGAAACAGAAGUACAUCUUCGACAUCAGCGCCCUGGAAAAAGAUGGUUUGCUGGGAGCAGAGCUUCGGAUACUGAGGAAGAAGCCUUCUGACUCCUGGAAGUCUCACUCUGCUGGAAGAACCUCCCAAGUGAAACUGUUCAGCUGCUCCACGAGCAGGCAAGCGGCGACGCUGCUGGACUCUCGCACCGUCAGCAUCACAGAUACGCCCAAGUGGGAGGUGUUUGACAUCUGGAAGCUGUUCAGGAACUUCAAGAACUUGGCUAAUCUGUGCUUUGAGCUGGAGACCUUGGAGAGGGGCAGAGCAGUGGACCUGAGGAGCGUGGGGUUCAACAGAACGGGCAGGCAGGUGAACGAGAAGGCUCUCUUCUUGGUGUUUGGCAGGACCAAGAAAAGGGACCUGUUCUUCAACGAGAUCAAAGCCAGGUCUGGGCAGGACGACAAAACCGUUUACGAGUACCUGUUCAACCAGAGGCGGAAGAGAAGAGCCCCCCUAGCCACCAGGCAAGGGAAGAGGCCCAGCAAGAACCUGAAGGCAAGGUGCAGCAGGAAAACCCUGCACGUGAACUUCAAGGACAUGGGCUGGGACGACUGGAUCAUAGCCCCCCUGGAGUACGAAGCCUACCACUGCGAGGGGCUGUGCGAGUUCCCGCUGCGCUCCCACCUGGAGCCCACCAACCACGCUGUCAUCCAGACCCUGAUGAACUCCAUGGACCCCGAGUCCACCCCCCCGACCUGCUGCGUGCCCACCAGGCUGAGUCCCAUCAGCAUCCUCUUCAUUGACUCUGCAAACAAUGUGGUCUACAAGCAGUACGAGGACAUGGUGGUGGAGUCGUGCGGCUGCAGGUAGCACCGCGGCUGCCGAGCUGGGUGUGCUGUGGGGGGCCACGUCAGCUGGCCAAGGUGGCCUCUCCUGGCCCAACAGUCGUUGGAUUUCAUCUCUUUGGGGGACUGCUGUCACAAGGAGGCAGCAGUAAAUCCAGAGCUUCUCCGUGUCCUGUGCUGCUGGGGCAGACGUGAGGAGCGCUUGGAUGCUGUCCUGCAGCUCGCUGGGAGGCCUUGCGUGGGUGACCUG